CAUGAUCCUCACGUCUCCCCCUGGUUCAAAACUAAGCCAAUCAGAUACCGGCAGUGAGAAAGAGGACCCCCUGUCCCAGCGGCCGUCGUCAUGCCAACCGCCUGCUCUGCGCACCUGCAAAGAGUCCAGUUAUGAACGUUCUCCAGCCAGUGCCGGCGUUAACGGCACAGCCACCGGCCUCCACAGAGCUGCUCGCCACCCAACCCAUUGUGUAGACCCAGAUCUUGAGGCCACGCCCCCGGACCUGUCUCCGGCCAGUCAGAGAGAGGCAGGGGAGGGCUGGGACAGGGAGCAGGCUAAGAGAUUGGAGGAGAGGAACAAGUGGUUUGAGGAGGGCAUCACCAUUAUGGAGAUGAACAGCAGGUGGGACUCCAUGGAACUGAAAAAGGGGAGCGUGCCGGUGCCAGCUUCUGACACUAUGGACUCUGAACUCAACAGGAAGUGGGAUGAAUUCGAGAGAGUGUCGUUCAGGGACAUUACUCCUCAGUCUCUCAUGGGAGCCCCGACACAUCAGUCAGGCCACAGAGAGGAUUUCCCGCCGUCCCCUCGCUCGGAGACCUACCUGUCGAGCCGUGAAGAGACCUACGGGCCACCGCUUGGUUCCCGAACCGAGGAUGACCUGAGCAACCCGGAGUCUUCGCCGUCCAUGAAUGGCGGCCAAACGGCCCAAUCAGGAGCGGCAGAGGCCCUUCAAAAAGAGGCCCUCUCGCUCAGACAACAGGUUGAGGGCAUCAAGAGAGAGAGGGCGUCUAUGGGGGUGGAGGUGGACAGUCCGUGUGGCCCCGGGGCCCCCUGCAGGGCCACGAUACAGGCCCUGGUGGCUGCUCACAGGACGGCCCUUCAGGAGCUGCAGGAAAAACACGGACGGGAGAUCCGGGAUCUGGGGGCCCAGCUGGACCGACUGCUGCAGGAGGGGAGCCACAGGUCGGCCAGAGCGAUGGAGGCCUUGAAAGGAGCCCACAAGGAGGAGAUGGAGAGAGCGGGAAAGGCCAGGCACCCAGCCACAACAGGAGGUGCAUUAGUCAUCAGAGGACAGGUGCCUGAGACGUUACACUCAGAGAUGGACGUGCUGUCUGCGUGUUACUCUGAAAGUUGCUCUGAGCUGAGCCGCACGGAGUACCACACCAAGGACCGAACGACAGAGCUCUGCUGCAGAGAGAGAGAGACAGAGAACCUCCGCAGGGAGAACCAGGAACUUAAGACCAAGCUUGCCGAGGAGAUCAGUCGCAUGCGUUGUUUCAUCACAGGUCAAAGUUCAGGGGUCAUAUCCCCUGGUCACACAGAUCAGGGGUCAUCCAAUGUAGAGAUUAUGUUAAGAAAGAAGACAAGUGAGGUGGAAUAUCUCCAGAAGCAAGUGAGUUGUCUACAGAACGAAGUGCAGGCCCUUACCAAGGAGAAUGAGGGAGCCUAAUGGACCGCGACAUGGAGGGCUACGUUGAACUGAGUAAGAUGAAGAGCCACAGCCAAUAAGAGAUGUGCUCCAUCAAAGAACACCCGAGACUGGCCAAUACUACGCUUCAGGAGGGGGACAAGAGGCCGCUGAUUGGUGGGAACAACUAGUCCCUGGCCCUUUAAGAGUGACAUCAAUACUAUGCAGAGAAGGGAAGGAAGUGUGAUGCAGUGUUACCGUUACUAUUGGCUGACAUGGACUCAGAAUCAUGUGUACCAUUACAUUUGGAAAAUCUGUUUUGUUACGAGUGUUUCUGUAAAGAUGUAAAAAACAAACAGUUAUACCAAAAGAUUAGGUACUUUUUACUCUGUUUAUUGAGUUGCAAGACACACUGACAUGCAGACAGGAGUGAGGACUAAUAGACAGAUCGCCUUUGUAGUCUCACAUGAUUAUGAUAUGACACAACUUCAAAUGAUAUUAAUGUAAACGAUCUGAAAGAGAGGAGGACGGGAGCUCUGCGAUAGGGAAGGCAUCGCGACACCACCGUGCUUGUCGAU